GAUGUUCAGCCAGAAAACAUUUAUCUGACGCGUGGUGGUACUGUCAAAUUAGGCAAUUUCGCUCAUUCGCGAAUCAUAGCAAGCGAUCGUAUGGCCGAACUGUGUCGUACUCCGAAUGGUGCGCCGGAUUACAUGUGCGCUGAAAAGCAGUACAAUCUGAAACGUGUUACAACCAUACGAAAUUACAAGAAUUAUUCGACAGCUGCAGACAUUUGGUCACUAGGUGUGCUAGUACUUCACAUGGUCUGCUAUUACCCCAAUGAGAAGUGGCAUCGUUUACCCAGGACAUUUGCAUUACAGAUGGGCGAACGAGGAAUGCCUUUUCGAUGGAUGGUUAACGAUAUGAUGCAACUAUGUGUACGUAUGGCGCAAAGUGGCGAUGGGAAUCUAAAAAAGUAUUUGAAUGACACUAUGCUCAACGUGGACCCAAGAGCACGGCCUACAGCAAAACAAAUUUUGGACUCGUAUCUGAUCAAAAAAUGGUGCAACGAAAGCCUGGCAAAGGUUGCUCUUACAAAUCUGCGAUUAUAUACUGUUUGUUUUGAAGGUUAUCAACUGAAGCUACCGGAAAUGAAGCUUUUUGAAAAUCGGAGUUUUUCAAAUAUUCAGAAAAUCCUAAAGUUUUUAGUUUAAAU